AUGUUCGGACAGAAGUUGUUCCGGACAGUGGCGUUGCCAUGGAGCGCCGCAUCCCUUGCCGUAUGCAGGAAUCGCAGGCAUUACUCGCAGUGCAAUCCUGCAUCGACUUCCACGGGGAUACAAGUGGACUCCGAGCUGCACAGCUACUGGGAUAAGCAUGACGGCAAAUCCUUCGAAGAAAGAAGCAUCACUGGAGGGCGAAUGCCCGCGCUAAGGCGGGUAGCAGAGAUUGCCCUGAAACUUGCAGCUUUGAAGCCGGACCUUCUUCUUGUCGAUUUGGGUUGUGGCACGGGUCUGUUCGCCAAGCUACUGGGACCCUUGAACAUUGUUGGAGUCGAUAUCUCCGAAGCUCACCUCUGUUUGGCCGAUAGGCAUAUGAAGGUCUCAAAGGCAAGCUAUUUAGAUUGGGUCCCUGAAGCUGGUUCAGCAGCGCCGGACGUGGCUGUGCACAACAACUCCAUUGAAGACUACGAGGAGGCAGUGAAGGGCCGCUUCUUCAAGCAUGUCUACACUUGGCUUGCCCCUGGCGGGUAUUUUCUGUUUCAGGCAUACUCGCCCCGGGACGAGCCCAUGGGGAGAUGCAUCCGCGAGUGCUCGCCAAGCUUCGCAGCACACCACGCCGUCCAUUUGUGCGAUACAGGAGACUAUGUCACCCUUGCAGAGCGGGCUGGCUUCGAGGUCGUGUCAACAGAGCUGGUACACAGCGAGGGCCACUAUCCACAGGCAUCCGCCAGAGCAUACAAUCGUGAGUUUAUCGUGAUCGUUCUGCGCAAGCCCACUUAA